GGAGGCAGAGCCGCGGCGCGCUGAAGGCUGCAGCGGUCCGUCUGCUCUCCUGUCCGCGGCCGCCCGUGUCACCGCCCCGCCGGCCGGGCCCUGCGCCAGGCUCCGCUGCGGGGAGCAGCCCAGCCACCUGGCUAAUAACCCACACCAUGGAUAACUUAUUGGAUUUUGCCUGAAAGGAAUCAUUAGUGCCAUUGGAUAUUGGGCCAUCUGGCCACAGGUUUUUUCAGAAUGAAUGGAAGGUCAUGCAGCAUGAAUCUCUUCCGGUCAUCAGGAGCCCCACAGGGACCUGGGAUGGUCAGUGGCCAACACAUACCUCCCUUACGAGCCCACUCAGGGACUUCCGGCCCCUCAUCUUGUGGCAGCACACCAAGCCCUGCUAUUGGAAGCCUUGUUAACAAUCUCCAUCUCAAGAUGCCCUCAGGAGGAGGGAUGGCUCCUCAGAGCAACAUGACCGAGAGGCCUAUCCAUCUGCCAAUCUUAAGCUCUAGGAGACAAGUGCUCACCAAUGGGAAGCCACGAUUCCAGGUCAGCCAGGCCGGAGGUAUGUCAGGGCCACAUACUUUAAAGCCAAAGCAGCAGGAAGUUGGAAGUCCUUUUCCAUCAAAUCCUGGGAAAGGGGCUCUUGGCUUUGGGCCUCAGUGCAAGUCCAUUGGAAAAGGCAGCUGCAACAAUCUAGUGGUCACCAGCAGUCCCAUGAUGGUUCAGCGACUGGGACCCAUUUCACCUCCAGCGAGCCAGGUCUCCACAGCAUGCAACCAGAUCAGUCCUAGCUUACAGAGGGCAAUGAAUGCAGCCAACCUGAAUAUACCUCCUUCAGAUACCAGGUCCCUUAUUUCUCGUGAGUCUUUGGCUUCUACGACUUUGAGCCUAACAGAGAGCCAGUCGGCCUUGAGCGUGAAACAAGAGUGGUCUCAGGGCUACCGCACCCUCCCUUCGCUGGCCUCCAGCCAGAGCUCCCAGAAUGGCCUGGACCUAGGGGACUUGCUCGGCCUUCCUCCUGGGACCGCCAUGUCCAGCAACAGUGUCUCCAAUUCAUUGCCACCCUACCUUUUUGGAAUGGAAAGCACCCCUUCUCCAUACCCCAGCCCCAAGCACUCUUCAGUCAGGUCACACUCAGCCCGCUCCAAGAAGAGGACUCUGUCCCUGUCCCCACUGUCGGAUGGCAUCGGUAUAGACUUCAACACCAUCAUCCGCACCUCGCCCACAUCCCUGGUGGCCUACAUCAAUGGCUCCAGGGCUUCCCCAGCCAACCUGUCCCCACAGCCGGAGGUCUACGGGCACUUUCUGGGUGUCCGUGGCAGCUGCAUCCCCCAGCCAUGCUCAGUGCCCAGCAGCCAGAAGGGGGUGCGGGUGGGCAGUGGCAGCCUGGUGCCCCAGGCCUACAGCGAGGACAGCCCUCUGGAGUAUGGACGUAUGCAGCAGCUGGAGCACGGUGGCCUGCAGCCUGGCCUGAUCAACAACAUGGUGGUGCAGCAUGGCCUGCCUGGCUCCACUGGCCUGCUGAAAACGGAGCGCCUGGAUGACUUCCCUGGCAGCUCCCUGGACCUGUCUCCAGCGCCCCCUCUCCCUCAGCUGCUGCCCCCACCUCAAGGCCCUCCACCCCCCUACCACGCCCACCCGCACCUCCAUCCCCAGGACCUCAACCACCAAGGGCAGCCCCUGUCCCUGCCCCAGUCUUCUCUGGAGGAGGAUGGGGAGAUGAUGGAUGAACUUGGGGGCAAACACUGCUGUCGCUGGAUCGACUGCAGUGCCCUGUAUGACCACCAGGAGGAGCUGGUGCGGCACAUCGAGAAGGUGCACAUAGACCAGCGCAAAGGGGAAGACUUCACUUGCUUCUGGGCGGGUUGUCCUCGAAGGUACAAGCCAUUCAACGCCCGCUAUAAGCUGCUGAUCCACAUGAGAGUCCACUCCGGAGAGAAGCCCAACAAGUGCACAUUUGAAGGUUGCAAGAAGGCAUUUUCAAGACUUGAAAAUCUCAAGAUUCAUUUGCGGAGCCACACUGGUGAGAAGCCUUAUUUGUGCCAACAUCCGGGCUGUCAGAAGGCAUUCAGUAACUCCAGUGACCGUGCCAAGCACCAGAGGACACAUCUGGACACUAAACCUUAUGCCUGUCAAAUUCCAGGAUGUACCAAACGCUAUACAGACCCAAGUUCCCUAAGAAAGCAUGUGAAGGCACAUUCUUCCAAAGAUCAACAAGCAAGAAAAAAGCUGCGGUCCAGUACAGAGCUUCAUCCUGACCUGCUCACAGAUUGCCUCACGGUACAGCCCUUGCAGCUGGCCACUUCCCCACGAGAUGCUGCUGCAGAUGGAGCUGUGGGACGCUCCCCAGGGCCUGGGCCUGAGCUCUAUCCAGCUUCCAUUUUCUCCAACAAUCACUCAAGCCGAAGUGGAACAGCUGCUGGGGCCGUGCCACCCCCACAUCCUGUCAGUCACCCUUCUCCGGGACAGAAUGUACAGGGGAGCCCCCACAACCCCUCCUCCCAGUUACCUCCACUCACAGCUGUGGACACCAGCGCUGAGAGGUUCACACCGUCUGCUCAGUCUCCUCACCACAUCAGCCCCAGGAGAGUUCCAGCUCCUUCCUCAAUAAUGCAGAGAACACAGCCUCCUCAUACCCAGCAGCCUUCAGGAUCGCACCUGAAGUCUUAUCAGUCAGAAACACACUCUUCUUUUCAACCAAAUGGAAUCCAUGUCCAUGGGUUCUAUGGGCAGCUGCAGACAUUCUGCCCCCCACAUUACCCUGACUCCCAGCGGUCCAUGCCCCCCAGCAGCUCCUGCAGUGUGAUGCCUUCUUUUGAGGACUGCCUAGUCCCCACAUCCAUGGGCCAGUCUGGCUUUGAUGUUUUCCACAGAGCCUUCUCAGCUCACUCCGGCAUUACAGUGUAUGAUUUGCCUUCUGGUUCCUCAAGCCUCUUUGGGGAGUCUCUUCGCAGCAGCCCUGAAGAUACCACAUUCUUGCAGAUCAGCACUGUGGACCGCUGUCCUAGCCAGCUCUCCUCUGUCUAUACAGAAGGCUAAAGGCUCCCUGGUCUCCACUCCUGCUGGCAUCUGGGACCUUUUUGUUGCUUGCUACCUUUGGUUUUCAGACUCUCACAACAGCUUGGAAAAGGAUAUCAACAGAAUCAGCAGAACUGCACAGCCUCAGGGCUACCUUCAGAAGGCAGGCCUGGAUAAUUCAAGCAGGGCUUUGCCCUUCUUCUCUGGGUCUGUUGGGCAGGGGAACCAACAUGACAGUCUUUGCAAAGGGCAUGUGGAGUCUCCCUCUACCGGACACCUGUUACUUCCUGGCAGCUGUGGACCCUGAAAAGUGGUUCAGAGGUCAACCUUGCUGAAAACUCCAAGUGGGAAAGGACAUUCCAGAUGGCCCAAAGCACUGUAAACUGCUAUGCCAGUUCUCUCCCUUCCUGCUGGUCGACAUAAAGCAGGACACACCCAGGAAAUCUAUGUACAGCACCCACUGUGGGCUCAACAUUUAGAAAAGCCUGGUUUUCUGGCAUGGCCUGACAUUCCACUAUGCUGGGCACUUCUCUCCUAGAUAACCUCACUCUACCAACCCCUACCAGCCAUUCUUUCUCCAACAGCAAAAUAAGAAGGUUCUGCCCAGCAUAGUACUUGAAAGGCACUAUAACUCAUUUUCUAUCCCAGCUGUCUAUCUUAGCCUUUUCAUUCUAACCCUUCAUUAUUGACACCUAACUUAAAAGGAAAAAAGCAUUUAGAGGUCUGUCAUUUGAUUGGGAAUCAGUCAUGAAUCACCCCAGCAACAUACAGCUGUGCCUCCCCUAUCCACAGCCAACCCCCCACCUCCACCAACACACACAUAGUGCCCUAAGUUCCCCCUUGGAACAUUCUUUUUGUAAUUAGUAGAGGCUACCUGAGGGAAAUGGGGUGGGCACACCCCUCUCCUGGCAUUGGAACAGGCACCUUCCUCCUUUGACAACUCCACCUCAAAGAUCUUGUUCAAAGAAAGCAGUUACUUGACCAGUUCACCCAUUGCCCCAGCUCUGGGGCUCUGCCCAGAGACAUGCUAGAAGAAAGGAACAUAUGGACACUGUAAUUUAUGUUCCCCUUUCCUCUUGAAAACCAUUCUAGGGAGGCCUGAAGGCCAGUGGUUUCGCAUAGGUUAAAUUCCACCAGUAUCUCACCCCACCUAACUCUCUCCUGUACUUGACCUCUUCCUCUUUCUGUAUGGUUCUCACUCUUGUACCUGAGGUUCAAACACUACCCCCUCCCACAAACACACACCUGUUGUUGCCUGUCCACUGACUCUUGACAUGGUUUGGCCCAAGACAAGUAGAGGAAGAUGGUCUGGAAAGAAGGACAGAAGAAGACAACCUCUCUCUCCCUUAAUACCCUGACUUGAAGGCCUAGAAUGUUUACAGAGACAUUUGAUAACCGAUAGGAAGCCAUGUCGUGUGACACUCUUGCAAAUCUCUUUUAAAAAUGCUGAGUUCUUUGGCAUAGGCUAUAAAAGUUAGCCAAACCCCCAAAUGUCCAGUAAAUUCUGACAUUCCUGUGAUACCCCAGUUCAUCAUUUUUUUUCAUUCUCUAAAAAAAGAAAAAGAAAAUGUUCUCUGAACAAAAAUGAAGGAAUUUUUGCCAAACUGAAGAUUUGCAGUCUUCAGCAAGACAGUUUAUUGUCAGUCUUGGUAUCCAGAGAUGGUUCGUGUCCUGACUUUCUAGCCUACCUACAGUCAACACCAAUUCUGGGUCUCACUUCAAUAUGCAAUAGGACAAAGUAUAGGAAAACCCAAGUGUGAGUUCUGGUUUGACUAGUUUCUCAGACUAGUGGGCUCUGAUCUUAAAAUAAAUAAAUAAAUAAAAAUAAAAUCACAGAGACAUCCACAUCUACAAAAGCAGUAAGUUCUCUUUACAAAAAAUCUGCUCUGUCUUAUGAAAAGCAUGCACAUCAUGCCUCUUUCCCACAUCAGCUAUCAGGCUGCUUGCAGACUGUAAGCUGUGUGGCAUGACCUGGAACAGACCUCCUCUGCCUUUUGCCACAUAUCCAAAAAACAAGGGAAAGACAGGUCUUUUUAAAGAAGCAGUCUACCCAUUCUUAAAUACUCGAGCCUCAGAACGUAUUUCACUUGCGUGAUGAGGAGGGAUAAGAUGGCAAGGUAAGGUUGUUCUAGCAGGUGAUGUUGUGAGCCCUGCCUUCUGACUUUAAUUCAGAGGAGAAGAGGGAGCACAGUCUGAAGCUGGGCCUCAGAACCCACGUAGGCCAUCCAGCUUCUGUGUUGGAGGAGAUGCCCACAUACCCUUCUUAGCCUGUUCCAUGCUCUCUCAAAUGGUCUUGCUCCUCUGUUGCCUCAGUUUAGUGGGAGGGAGUCAGGUAGGGUGACCUUCCUCAGCACAAGUGUGGGUUAGUCCCUGAGGGGCAUUUGUAUUAGCAGGGAGCAAGACCCAAGAUUCCCCUCUUACUGUUCCUGAUCUCUGUAGGUUUAAGCUGAAGGCCUCAGAACAGGACACAUUAUAGUUCCCAGACUACAUAGACCCGUGGCCUCGGAGUCUCCCUGGCCUUAACAUUGGUCCCCUGCUUGCUUCUGCAUUGCAGAACAUUUAUGUAUGUUUUUAUCAUUAUGUUUGUAGCAGUAAGAGUAGCAUGUUCAAUAAAAAAAAAUAAUUAUUCCCUACCAUUCCGUUGCCUUUUUAGUCUUUACUUUACAUGAACCAUUUUCAUAAACAUCCAGAAAUUCUUAGUUUCCUUUUCUAAAAAUAAAUAAAUAACUAAAUAAAAUCCGUGCUUGUGAAAAGACAUACAGUCCAAAGCCAAUUAUCCUGUUACACGAAAAGAAGUUAGUAUGCCCAAAGACAUCUUAUUUUCUGCAUUGUUUUAAUUCCCAAAAGGGAAUACAUCAGAGUGUUAGUUGUAAUUUAGCCUUUGAUCACCUGUUAAAUAUUAGUUUAAUGUUUCUCCCAUGGUGUAUCUUCCUUUGCCCAAGUCUCCCCAAAAUACACAAGUGACUCUGAACUGGACAGAAAUUCUUCAGUGAGUCACAGCAUAGUUCCCACUGAUAGCCAAGUAUUGAUGUUGCUCUUUUAUUUUUAAAUGUCCAGCUGUCUAGCACAUCAGCAUAGUAGGACAGAGAUAAAGUUGAAUUUCCUUCUCCAAAACCUUGACUUUCCAAUUGCCUUGAAGUAUUGAGGAUAGUGAUUGUAAAUGUUCACUUUAAAUAUUUGAUAUUUUCUGUGACUGUUUUUAACCAUGUUAUUUUAUAGCAGCAUUUUUUUUAAUGGCACUUUUUGUUGAGGGUGUGGAAUUUCUGUGUUGACAUUUUUUUUUUGCAAUGAAUAAAAAAAAAAAUCCACUCAUUGGAGAAAUGGUGAGUGUAAAAAAAGAAAAGAGUUCUAUUGUACAGACAGCAGAGCAUCCUGUGUAAUGUUGCUGACAUAAAGCACUUUGGGGGGAAGAAGUGGAAAUCUGUUUCCCAUAAAUCACACAGACUCUUGUAUAUAGUACUAUGCACUCACGUAGAGAAAUGAACUGCAUAUAUCAUACUGGAUAUGGGGCCGAUUUUACUCUAGGGGCACAUCUGGUGCUUAUUGUCAUAAAUCUUUUAAAGAAUUAGGUACACUUUUUUUUCUAUUAAUAUGUAUAGUUUUGUGAUUUGUCACAGUUAUGUUUCAUAUAAUCAUAAGUUAUUUUGUCUUGUUUCAUGAAGUCCUUUUUUAUGUCAAAAGUGAAAUGGAGGGAUUAUGCACUUGGUACAGAAUAAAACUGGAAAUCAAGGACACGCCCAUCUGCUCUCAA